CCACCUCGGAUUAGUGCACGUAGAUCGCGUACGCGUGUCGGUUGCCGAGCAGGUCAAAGAUGGGCGCGUCUAUUUUAUCCGUAGUUUUACUAGCCGUGAUUCUUCUCUCGGAUUCCGUCGUCAUCGGCGGCGGGCGGCGCACGGAAUUCGGACACGCAAAGGACGUCGACGCCGCGGCAGUAUCGUCCAACCAAGGAAGAACUUUCCUGAACUUCGACAGUUCCCCGUCCCUGACACACCUCGAGUUCAACGGCGGGUCUUCUUCCAACUUACACAGGGAUGACGUCCACGGCGGCGGCGGCGACCCCGCCGCCGUCUUCCCCCCUUCCAGGCCGCACGACACGGGUUCUUUGAUGGGCGAUUACGACUACGCCACGUACGACCAGAGUAACUAUCCCCAGUGGCAUCAGGUCCAUCUUGUUUCCUCCGAACACGACGAGAACGCGGCACAACCUUUCUGGUCUGCUUUGGGCCAGCAGCAGCCAAUGCCAACGCAGCAACCUCCGGGAGUUCACUCGACGAAGUUCCAUCCCACCCACUCGUUCUUCGGGAGCAUGUUUAUGAAGGGUUCGUCAAACGCUGGGGCUCUUGGAACCACGCCGCCUGCAGCGACCGAAAAUCGUCCUGGCUCUACAGUCGACACGAGUUCGAAAAACAGUACCACAACACCCGUGGUACCUGAGCGGGCAACUGUUCCGACGUCCGUCAAACCAGACGUUCACGGGGACCGCGAUAACAAGGCACUGCAGAACGGUGCUGCGUUUGCGACUACGGCGACCGAGUCUCUAGUCCAGCAAACCGUCGGCAUCACUGCGGCUACAACCACGGGUUCACCACCGACGUUCGGUAAGUUGGUUGAAGCAUCGGCAACUCCCGGAGUUCGUCCAGCUGGCUCGUCAUUUCUCCGGGCGACCUCGAGCCCAGUUGACGUCACCACUCGAAACGCUUCGGAACCGUCCACUGAACCCGACGUGAUACGAGGGGCGGCCCCAGCUGUCACGCCGGCCGUUUCGACGGUUGCCACCGUGGCUUCGAGAGGGCCCGCUGAUCGUCCAACCACUGCUGAUUUCCAUGGAAACGAAGCUUUCAAGCACACGACGAAACGUGCGACGCCAACUGCAGCAACUGGUACCAGCGGUACCACGUCUUUGACUGUUCCGGCUCCCGCGGCUACGGAUAUCCUUCCUCGCCAGGCCGUCGCAGAAACUGUUCCACCCCCGGAGCAUUCCGGUACUGUCGCACACCUUGCCACUCCACCAGCUGGAGCCAACCAAGUCGUCGAGACCACUACUGGGCGCACGUUCACAAACGUUAAAACCGCAACCCCUCCUGCCCACCUGCAGACGUCUGCCAGCGAAACUGAGACCGCAGCUAUGGGGCCCGUCAGGACUACGCCUUCUGACAGGACAUCGUCGAAGACUGCACCAUCUACACUUUCUGAAACCACGAAGCAGCCGUCUGAGUUCGCAACGUCCCAGCGAGGGACUCUAACCACGGUUCAAGACCUCCACAGACACGAGGCUCAAGACCUUACGACUACGCAGGCCACUACGACUUCUUCCGCAGUCUCGGAAGUCGCCGGGCUGUCUGGUCGUCUCGAGACCACCACCAACGCUGCGCCUGCCACGAGCACUCCCCUCGACGACCCGUCGCAGAACCACACCGCUGUGGCUUCGACCCGAGCUGGUGUAGAAGACGGCAACGACACUUCUACACAAUCUCAAAUAUCUGUCGAGUUCUCGACGUCACACUCAACUUUACCAGCGGUCGCUGCCGGUUUGCGUCGACUGAAAACUACCACAAGCCCCAACACACUACAGCCAGAGCCUACGCAGGCCGUUCCGACCGUAGUACAGGGAACGGAAGAAACGCCAGCGAAGAAUGCCUCGUUCCAACAAACCCUUCCGCCUAAGCGACCCGCUAGUCCCGUGACGACCGUGAAACCUGAAGUCACGGCCGACGCCUACGUCAGACCGAUAACUCAGCACGGCCCUCACGAGUUCGUGCCUCAGCGCCACAGGGACGUGGAGGAUUACUUCUACCACCGCCACCAGAUGGGCCACAUUGAGGACGACGACCAACUGCGCCAGAGUCAGUGCGGCAGGUGCCAGCGCCGGCUUCACUACUGCGUGCAGAAGUGCUUCACGCACCACAGCUGUGAGGCUGAGACAAAUCCAGAGCUCACCUGUCCACGGAUCAACGCCCCGUGCAUGCCUCCUUACAAGCACGAAGUGGACCAGUGUCGUCACAGCGCAGACUGCGAGAGCGCCAACCACCUCUGCUGCCUGGUCGGCUGCUCGCGUCGCUGCGUGCACGGUGUGCCUACCUACAGGCAGCACUAGGAGGCCCUGCAGUACACUUCUUCAACCACGUCACCAACCUUCAACCGUAGGCGUUCGAGUUUACGUGCACUCAUUACAUAAACUCGAUGAUCUUAAAUUGCGACGACUAACGUACUAUCACGUGCUUGAUAUAAAAGGGCCCUGCGCUAUGUGUCGCAGGCGUUUUACUCGCUUUUCAAUGAAUAAAAUGUUUUAUCCGCGCUGUCUAAA